AUGCAGAACUACAGGGACCCACCUCCCUACCCUUCACACUCUAAACAGACUUACCCAAACCAGCCAGGAUUUCGCCAGAGCUACUCCGGCAGUGAGACAAGCACAGAUGUUUCAGUUUCUUCCAAUGAAAACCUGGCCACUACUCAACGUCAGGAACCCCAAGGAGAGGAGACUCAAACCAGCUUCAACUACCACCUAGACCUGGGGACUACAGACGGUAGUAGCUACAGCAUUCUAGAACGUUUGGGGAUGCCUUCGCGGGCUUUAGAAUCAUCAGCCAAAUCCGCUGGUGGGAGCAGUUCAAAUCUGCAAGUUUCUCACGAAAGAACUCUUCAGCAGAAUUUCACUGCCAGUACGUCUGCCUCAAAUACCUACAGACAUUCAGCAAAUUCCUCCCCGCUUUAUUCUCAGGGACAUUUGACAGUUCCCGAAUGGCAGUUAGGAAGUAAAGUGUUGCGAUUGCAUGGCACCUACACACCUCAGCAGAGAGAAGGGACGCCAAGGCUCGGCGAGUAUACGUCCUCCUCUUCAAGAUCUGAAAAUGAAUCCUUAUUGUCCGCAUCUUCUUCGUCAUCAUCAUUAACAACAGUCAAUCGAGAAGGUGGAGGUUACUCAUCAAAUAUUUCAUCGUUAGAACGUAGUGCAUCCGGAGGAGGUAUUAAUGGGCUGGGAAGUGGUAUGUUGAUAUCUCCAGCCUCAAGUUACCAGUAUCUAUCACCACGAGUUCCUCCCGUUUCUACUUACCACCAUCCGCAUCCGUAUGUGAACACUCAGUGGAUUAUUGGUAGUGAUGAUGUCAAACUUAGCUCAUAUUCUUCCAAUGCAGGUUACAAUUCAACCUCUUCUUCUGUAACCUACGCACAGAAAGGCCCCGGAGCAAACACUGACACUUACCCCAGUCAUCAGUACCUCAACAAUCUUCCUCCUCCUCCCGAGUACCCAGGAGGGUCUAAUACAACUCCUUUUUCCGAAAAGGGAGCGGAUAUUCGGACGUGCAGAUCCUAUGAAGCGAUGGAUAAGAUGGAUGCUCGCAGAUCUCAGCCUGAUUUAAGACUGUGUGCUUCUAGUCCUGGUAUUUUUAUACACGAUGUUAAAUUUCAGAGUCCGCGAAGAAGCUCAAAUAACAGCGCAGACGACAGUGAUCAUACACCCAUAGCUGCAAAAACCAGUCAAAUGGUGGAGUUACUUACUGAAGAAAACAGAGCACUUAGAGAAGAGCUGACCAUGUCGGCUGUCAAAGUGGCAAAAUUGCAAAAGUUUGAGAUGGAAAUUCAGAAAGUCCACGAAUCUCACGAGGCCCUGGUCAAAUCUUCUCAGAAACAAGAGGCGUUGUGGUCAGCCAUGAGGAGGAAGCUGGAGGAGAGGAUCAAAGAGUUGGAGGCGCCAAGGUCUGAUGGAGUGAAUUUUUAUUUUACAGCACACGGAGACAGCAGAAUCAGGCUGGUUGAGAAGGAUUCUAUGAUAUCGAAGCUGUUGUCUCAGAAUCAGUUAGAGGCAGAAAACUCUCAGCUCACUUUAUCUCUGACGGAGCAGAAGGCCAGGGUGGACAUACUAGAAAAUGCCUUGUUGAAUGCUCAGUCCACAAUUCUGGCUUUAGAAGAUGAGUUUUACAAAAAACAGGCAGAUGGUAACAAAGUGGAACAACUCAAGAAAACUUUGACAAAUCUGCAAUCAGCUUCUGAAAAACAUCAGCAGAAGGAGAAGGAGUUGAGGGGUCACUUGGAAAAGGAGUUGGAAAUGUACAAAUCACAAGAGAGG